CUGAUUGUUAUUCACCACCGCGUCUCGCGUCUCCAACUCUCCAUUUACACGCUUACAGCAUCUUCCAAGUAUAUUGCUCAACAACCUCACUCAUCAUGUCUGGCCACCACCAUCACCAUGGCGGUGACGGACAUGGUCACUGUCAUGAUGAGCACGAUCACUCUAACGACAUAACCCCCGCGCUUCAGUCGCUGCUCUACACCCAGAUCAACUUUGAUUCGAUCACGACCUUGAAUGAGGCGACUGCUAAGAGCGGCGCCGCCAUUGUCAAGAAGACCUGGGCUGAGCGACUGAAUGACCAGCCCGAGCUUGAGAGCGAUUGCGACGAGCAGCUCCUCAUGCAUAUUCCCUUCACUGGCCAGGUCAAACUCCACUCAAUCCUCAUCUACACCGCACCCACCUCCGCUGCCCCCAAGACUCUCAAGCUAUUCAAGAAUCGCGACGACCUGGACUUCUCUAUUGCCUCCGACCUUCCCCCGACCCAGACCAUCGAGGUCCCACAGCCCGUUCCUGGCGAGGACGUCUUCGAAAUUCCAUUGAAUCGUGCCCACUGGAACACCACCACCUCCAUCACCAUCUUCAUCGAGGACAAUUGGAGUGACGGUGAGGAGGAUGUCACUAAGGUUGGCUACAUUGGCUUCAAGGGCCAGUUCAUGGCACUGAACCGAGAGCCGAUCAGCUUCUUGUACGAGGCUGCUGCUAAUCCCAGUGAUCAUGUUGCGAUUCCUGGAAUCAGCGAUGUGGGAUCUCGCACCAUGCCCGGUCAGUAAGGUGUGACUUUUGAUUCCGGAUCUAAAGGUUGGGCGCUUAGAGAAGAAUGUGAUACCAGA